AUGGCGAAUUACGAUAUUUCAAAUUUAGCUACAGAAACGACGGCUCAAACUACUGAAACAACGGGUCCAUUGACGACGAAAGAAACGACUGUCGAGGCUCCAACUACUGCUUCUCCACCUACUGAAGCUCCGACAACUGUUACAACCAAGGAAAUCGAAACAUCAAGUCCAGUGUCAACGACAGAAACAGAGACAACAGUUGUUCCUCCAACUACAGAAACGACGGCUCAAACUACUGAAACAACGGGUCCAUUGACGACGAAAGAAACGACUGUCGAGGCUCCAACUACUGCUUCUCCACCUACUGAAGCUCCGACAACUGUUACAACCAAGGAAAUCGAAACAUCAAGUCCAGUGUCAACGACAGAAACAGAGACAACAGUUGUUCCUCCAACUACAGAAACGACAGCUCAAACUACUGAAACCACUGGUCCAAUGACGACGCAAGAAACGACUGUCGAGGCUCCAACUACAGAAACGACGGCUCAAACUACUGAAACCACGGGUCCAUUGACGACGAAAGAAACGACUGUCGAGGCUCCAACUACUGCUUCUCCAACUACUGAAGCUCCGACAACUGUUACAACCAAGGAAAUCGAAACAUCAAGUCCAGUGUCAACGACAGAAACAGAGACAACAGUUGUUCCUCCAACUACAGAAACGACGGCUCAAACUACUGAAACCACUGGUCCAUUGACGACGAAAGAAACGACUGUCGAUGCUCCAACUACUGCUUCUCCACCUACUGAAGCUCCGACAACUGUUACAACCAAGGAAAUCGAAACAUCAAGUCCAGUGUCAACGACAGAAACAGAGACAACAGUUGUUCCUCCAACUACAGAAACAACAGCUCAAACUACUGAAACCACUGGUCCAAUGACGACGCAAGAAACGACUGUCGAGGCUCCAACUACUGCUUCUCCACCUACUGAAGCUCCGACAACUGUUACAACCAAGGUAAUCGAAACAUCAGGUCCAGUGUCAACGACAGAAACAGAGACAACAGUUGUUCCUCCAAGUCAGCAUAUUUGA